AUGCAAGGAUACUCUUCUGCUAAAACAUGGGAUUCAAUCAUACCAAGAGCAGAUGUGAAAGAUUGGGCAAAGGUUGCCAACAAGAGUAAGACUAGCAUCAUGGCGUUUGCAAAUUCCGACCACCUGCUGUCUUUGUUCCCACUAUCCAGAGAACCGAGAUCAUCUUCUCCUAACUGUGAGUACAGCACUGCCGUAUGGAAGUGUGUCUUGCUAAGGACUCGUCCUUCGGGUAGACUGUUUUCUAAUUGGCAGGAGCUUCUAUCAUGGAUAAAAAGAGAUAGUCAACAAGCGCCAGCAGCUCUCCGUUGUUCAUGCUACAAUUUACCAUCUGUGGAAGCAGAGAAAUAA